GAAAAUGGGAUGACUGGAGGCUGAGGAUGAUCUGUGGGGUUUCGCCAAUGGGAAUGCUUAGUUCCCAAGAUGGAGAGACGUGGGUGGCCCUUCCGCCCAUAUAAUAACGCAGCCCACUGCUUUCAAGAAUUAGAAUGAGAAUCAUCAGCAGAAAUUGAAGUCACACGUGAUGAUCCUACGAGCCUUACACGUAUUGCAGCAUCAGCAAUCGCAGCUCACGUCUCAAAGCAAAAGUUCUGAACUUUAUCAGGGACUUUCUUGGGUUCUCUAUAGCGCGACGAAAAUCCGAAACCAUCACACGACAGCAUCAUGGGGCAGAGGAAGAAACAUCAGAGGCAGUAGGAUUCGCUGCACCAGAGAGUAGAGAGGAUGUGCGGCGGAGACGAUUGCAGACCGCUGGGCUUCCUGCUCGGCCUUCCCUUCGCCUUUCUCGCUCUCCUGGUCUCCAUCGUUGGCAUCAUCGUCUGGAUCGUCGGAUUGCUGUUGACUCUGAUAUGCCCCUGCUGCUUGUGCGUGACCCUGUUAGUGGAGUUCGCUCUGGAGCUGAUCAAGGCACCCCUUCACGUCAUGGAAUGGUGCACUUCUCAGAUACCCUGUUGAUCAUUACCCAUCACAGUUUUGAUGAUCGUUUCAACUUUUCCAGAGCUGGCUGGUAUUUCCCCUCUCUUCCUGUACGUGGAUUUCAUGGGCGUAUCUCCCUGAUGUAGAGCCGAUUAUCGGGUUUGAAUGUAAUGAACAAAAGGGAAAUCUGAUCUUCUACAAUGUCCUGGAAAAUUUGGCAAAGUAAAUUCGUCUUUUACUUGCA